GGAAGAAAACCUCCAGUGAGCAGCAGGAACUGGCCACAGACAGAUGCUUCAGCCAGACAACCUAUGUCCCUGGAAAAAAGAAUUUGACAUCAGAUGCACAAUAUGAGAGCCUUUGUUUCGGUUGUGACCGUUUUGUGGGGGAUAGCAAUACCCUGCAUGGAUGCCAUCCACGGAUUGUACAACUUCGGGCAGCAUGAUUUAUUUCACAAAAAGAACAGCUGCAGGCAAAUUCCUGAAAAUCUUCUCCUCUGCAAUGCUAUAGAAUACACAGAGAUGCGUCUCCCGAACCUGCUCGGACACGAAACCAUGAAUGAGGUCCUGCAGCAAGCUUCGUCCUGGACCCCCCUGGUUCAGAAGCAGUGUCAUCCCGACACAAGGAAGUUCCUCUGCUCUCUUUUCGCUCCCGUCUGUCUGGACGACCUGGACGAGCCCAUACAGCCGUGCAGGUCGCUGUGCGAAAGCGUCAGGCACGGAUGCGGGCCCGUUAUGCUUGCGUUUGGGUACCCGUGGCCAGAUAUGUUGGACUGCAGCCGCUUCCCAGAAGACAAUGACCUGUGCAUACCGCCUGCAAGCAUUGAGACCGUUGUGCCUGUCACCAAAGAGGUACCCAGGGUGUGUGAUGCUUGCAAAGAAACAGAAGAAAAUGACAACGAAAUUGUUGACAGCCUGUGCAAGAAUGAUUUUGCUUUAAAAAUCAAAGUAAAGGAGAUCUCCUAUAUUAACGGCGACACCAAAAUAGUGCCAGAGACCAAGAGCAAGACCAUUUACAUGAUGAACGGCGUGACAGAGCGUGACUUACGGAAGACAGUGCUGUGGCUGAAGGAUGGACUGCAGUGCAUCUGUGAGGAGAUGAAUGACACCAAUGGCCCCUACCUGGUCAUGGGCCAGAAGAUGGAUGGCCAUCUGGUCAUCACCUCGCUGAAGCGUUGGCAGAAGGGACAGCGUGAGUUUAAGAGGAUUUCACGCAGCAUUCGUAAGAUACAGUGCUAAGAAAAAAAGUUGCAUAUCAGAGCUGAAGAUCGAAUCUAGUUGUGGUUUUUCUGUCAAACUGACAUGUUUUGAGAUUCUGGAGUACAGCUUUCUCCAGGGCCUCAGAAACUACAAAUCCAAGAUCCCAGAUUUGUUUUGGUUUUUUACUCUAAGAUAAAUAAUACAUGAUUGGGCUUUAAUCAAAUUAAAUGUAUAUGAUAGGAGAUAAAGGAAGGUGACCUGUUUAUGAAAACUGUUCAAUUAAAAAAAAUUUAUUAGGUGAAACACAUAUUAUUCUUAAGAAGUGCCUCCUAGUGGAGAGUUGUGAAAUGUCAUGUCUUUCCAUAAAGAGGGAGCGUCCUAGUCGAUUUAUGUAAUGCUCCGAUUGUAUUUUAGGUGGAGCAGAAUAGCGCAUAACAUGAUUGGAGUGCAAACUGUAUAGAGCUUUGAGUAUAGCAUUAAAAACUACAAAAUUAUUAGCAGAUGUGGCAUAAUCCUGCCGAGAAGCUGCGAUGAUCAAACUCACCCAAUUUAUUCUGUCACUUUUGUUCCAUAUCUCCAAGUAGUAUUUUUCCUUAGUGAAUGUGAGCUAAAAACAAAAUAAAAACAACUUUGCAGCUUUAAAUGAUCAAGGUACCCAAAUGCAUUAAAAAAUUGGUUAAAAUCUCCACAAAAUGUUUCAGAGGUAUUUCAGCCUUAAUGCCAGAUGUAUAAAAACAGAUAAAUUUUUGCAUGAUGCACGUUGAAUAAAUGUGAUUCUUGUGUGUGUUCAUAGUGUUUAGACAGUAUUUGUACUUUUAUAUAUUCCCUGUAUUUUCUCAAAUAAAUACGAGAGAUAGCUGGCUAUAUUCUCUUCCUGUUUAUCCCUAUAAUAUUAUAGGUAGACUUUUUUACGUGAACAACUGUCCCCGUUUUUUAUCAGCCUCAGAUAAAACUAUUUUUCUACUCCAGAGGUCAUCUUUCAUAUAUAUUUUUUUUUUGUUUGGUUGUUAAUAUUUGAAUUUGCUUUUCUUCACCAAUGAGUUUUUUUUUUUUUUCAUGCCUCAAAUCUGAUCAUAGUCAUUAGUGUCUCAAUAAACAGUAAAGUAGGAAGUUGUUGUAUGUUUAGAUUAUAAAGGAUUUCUUAAAGAUCUUACAUAGUAAAUAUACAAUGUGGUAACAUAAUAAUGCAAAGUGUUUAGCAAUUUAACGUUGCUAGCUACAUGUUUGAAUUGGUAAAUUUGUUGCCUGUGUGGAUGAGUGUUCAGAAUAAAACUCGAAACUUUUUUUU